AUGGCAAGUAGUCAGAUAUCUCAAACUGAGAGGGAGAAAAUUAAUAAACUUCGAACACUUGUGAAGGAUGCUCUUUCGGAAUACUACGACACCGAUUUCAAUUUGUUGCGAUGGCUACAAGGACACAAUAGUCUGUCCAUAGAAGAAGUCGCAAAAAAAUUGCGACAUCAUUUAAAUUUAAGAAAUUCAACCUGGAAUCUUGACGAAAUGCACAAGGCUGAUCGUAAUCAUAAAAUCCAUCAUCAUUGGAAGUAUGGGAUCACCGGGAAAUCAGGAAUUUUGGAAAACGUCAUUGUUAACAUUGAACAGUGCGGCAAAACCGACUAUUCCGGAAUGAUGGAAUCUUAUUCAGUUUCUGAAGUGAUGCGAGCAAGACUUGUGGAUCUUGAACAAAUGCUUGCUGCAGUAAUGAAAGUCGAAAAGGAGACUGGUAAACAAGCCUCGAUUCUCUAUGUAAUGGAUAUAACGGGUUUGGAAUACAAUAAAAAGUUGUAUGAUCUUGUGACCGGAUCAAUGAAAUCACUUGCCGAUUUCAUGGCUGAUCAUUAUGUCGAAAUGAUUAAGUUUUUCGUGCCGGUUUGCGUUCCCAGUUUUGCCUACGCAUUGUAUACCGUGGUGAGGCCUUUACUACCAGAAAAGACCAAGGACAAGGUUCGAUUGAUAUCUGAGCAUCAGUGGCGCGAAGAAAUUCUCAAUUACGCACAAAUUGAUUCAUUGCCUUGCACUUGGAAUGAUGAUAACCACAAGUUCCCUGCAAAAAUCGAUCUACCAGUUCCAUAUCCUUUAGAUGGUUAUUACUCUGCAAAAAAUCUCAAGCCGCCACCAAACACAGAAUCGAUAACUGUAGUUGCUGGAAAAGCUCACGUUCUCACAAAGUUUUUAAAGAAAGGUGAUAUAUUGAAGUGGUGGGUCCGAGGAAAUCGCAAUUUUGGCUUCGGUGUGUUUUGGAGUGAAGAUGAAAAUGUUGCCGAUUUCUUCAUAGCAAAACAAGCAUUUCCAAGUUUUCUUUGGAUGCCAGGGCCUACAAUCGUCCCUCUUGAAGAUUUAUUAACAGUUCCAAAAGAUGCAUAUUAUCAUAUUUGGGUUAGUAAUGAACGUUCAUGGUGGUUCAGUCUCAACGCACAUCUUGCGGUUGAUAUCAUCAGUAUUUCGUGA